CGUACUAGUCUUCAUCCUGAUGAUAAACAUGCAGGACAAAUUAGUUUUCCAGGCGGUAAGCUAGACGAAAAUGAUGCUUCCUAUGAAGACUGUGCACUCCGCGAAACGUACGAAGAGAUAGGCAUCGCUCCUGACACCAUUGGUAUUUUGGGUGAACUCACACCUUUAUAUGUUUAUGUUAGCAAUUUUUUGGUCCACCCAUUUGUAGCACUACCUUACGCAAAUGGGCCAUUACAUAUCGGUCAUCUUGCAGGUGCUUAUCUGUCGGCAGAUGUGUAUGUAAGGUUUCAAAGAUUGAUGGGUAAAGACAUCAUUUUUAUGUGUGGCUCUGACGAACACGGGGCAGCUAUAACCAUAAAAGCACUUAAAGAAGGACUCCAACCACAGCAAGUGGUGGAUAGAUACCACGAACUAUUCAAAGAUACUUUCGAGCGGAUCGGUGUGUCUUUUGAUAUGUACCACAGGACUUCUGCACCUAUCCAUCAUGAAACAUCUCAAGAAUUUUUUACCAAGCUUUAUCGCAAAGGUGAGUUUGAAGAAAAAGAAUCCGAACAGUAUUACGAUGAAGAAGCAGCUCAGUUUCUAGCAGAUAGAUAUAUCACCGGGACAUGUCCUAAAUGUAGUAAUCCUGAUGCAUAUGGUGACCAAUGCGAAAGAUGUGGUUCAACACUCAAUCCAACAGACCUGAUCGAUCCUGUAUCGACUUUGACGGGCAAAAAACCUGUACUUCGUAAGACCGUACAUUGGUAUCUACCUCUUGAUAAAUAUGAGACUUGGCUUCGUGAAUGGAUAGAAACAGGUAAUUUAGAUGGCGUGUCGCUUCAUGAUCCUGAUGAAUGGAAAAAUCAUGUACUUGGUCAAUGUAGGUCUUGGCUUGAUGGUGGAUUACAACCACGUGCUAUGACAAGAGACUUAGAUUGGGGCGUAGAUGUGCCACAUGAUAUCAAAGGGCAUGAGGGCAAAAAACUUUAUGUAUGGAUGGAUGCACCAAUUGGAUAUAUCUCUGCGACAAAACAGUGGGCGAUAGACAACAAAAAGAAUUGGAAAAAAUACUGGCAAGAUGAUGAGACCGCAUUAGUGCAUUUUAUUGGUAAAGACAAUAUCGUCUUUCAUUGCCUGAUUUUUCCAGCUAUAUUGAGAGCUCACGGUGAUUAUAACCUUCCGGUCAAUGUUCCUGCCAAUCAAUUUAUGAAUCUCGAAGGCAAAAAGAUAUCUACUUCACGCAAUUGGGCAGUUUGGGUGCAUGAAUAUUUGGAUGAUAUUCCGAAUAAACAGGAUGAAUUGAGAUACACCAUGAUCAAAAACAUGCCUGAACAAAAAGAUAGUGAGUUCACUUGGAAGGGUUAUCAAGACGCUGUCAAUAACGAACUUGUCAAUAAUUUGGCCAAUUUUGUGAAUAGGGUAGUAGUACUUACACAUAAAUAUUAUGAUGGAAAAGUACCUGUUUUUGACGAAUCCCAAGAAAUCAUAGGACCUGAAGAUCAAUUUGAUGCAUCUUAUCAUGAUUCGGAACUAUUAAGGCUUUUUGAUGAUAUUCAAGCUAUGAAUGACCAUAUCAGAAGUUAUGAUUUCAGAUCUGCAUUGCGUGUUUUGAUGGAGAUAUCUACCAAAGGAAAUCAGAUAUUACAGUUCAAUCAACCUUGGAAAACGAUCAAAGAUGAUCCUGAAAGUGUUAAGGUUGUCAUGAAUCUAUGUCUUCAAUAUGUAGCCGCGCUUGGAGUGAUCUGUAGGCCGUUUAUGCCAUUUACGUCGGACAAAAUCAGAUUGUUAUUAAACCAAAAACCUAUUGUAGAGAAAGGUGAAUUGGUAAAGAUGCUCGACGAUCUUAGUGAAAAUAUUGGACCACUCAAAAAGAAUCACAAAAUCAACGAACCAGUACAUUUGUUUACACGAAUAGAUAAUGAAGUGAUUAAUACCCAAAUAGAAAAACUCCAAGCAACAGCAAAAGUUGAAGAAGUUCAAAGUGAAAAUGUUCAAAAAGAACUACCAGAAGCAACACCAUUAAAACCUGAGAUCACUUACGAAGAUUUUGUCAAGAUGGAUAUCAGGACGGCGACGAUCGUUGCAGCGGAAAAGAUAGAGAAAGCUGAUAAGUUAUUGAAAUUGACCCUUGAUUUGGGUUUUGAAACACGUACUGUUGUGUCUGGAAUAGCUGAACAUUUCUCUCCAGAAGAUGUUAUUGGUACUAAAGUCAGUCUUCUUGCUAAUCUUGCUCCAAGGAAAAUGCGUGGAGUAGAAUCGCAAGGAAUGAUACUCAUGGCUGAGAAUUCUGAGGGUAAACUCAGUUUUGUAAGCCCAGCAGAUUCUUGGGAAAAUGGUCAAUCUAUCAAA